CCCUUCCCUCCGCCCGCCCGCGGGAUCGCGAGGAUAGCACGCUUUUCGUCGGCGCAGCAGUCAUCGGAGCUGCUGUUUCGGAGGGCGGUUAUAACGGGGCGAUAUUCCAUAGUGAAUAUGAAAAUUGGAAUUCAUCCGUUGACAGCUGACCCCAGUGCGGCAUGGCGAGAACUGUCACAGCGACAAAAAGUCAUAAAAAUCACGGCGAAGAUACCGACCACUCCUGCCCCGGUCAAUAAGCUCAGGGUGGUCUGCAUGAGCGAUACUCACUCUUUGACCCCGUUCAUAAAGUUCGACGUACCAGAAGGCGACGUUUUUAUUCACGCCGGAGACUUCACGAAAUGUGGAAGUCUCGAGGAAGUUGUAGAAUUCAACAAUUGGAUCGGGUGCCUGCCGCACAAGCAUAAGUUAGUGAUAGCGGGAAAUCAUGAAUUGAGUUUUGACCCAACGUUCACUCACCCAUUUUCCACAAAUGCUGCGGGGGACAGACACAAACACACGGGAACAAGUGUCAUCGACGACAUACCGACCCUGGGAAUGUCUAGAGAUACUCUGGCCGAGGCGAUAAAGACAAAGAACAUCAGAGAGCAUCUGACGAAUUGUAUUUAUUUGGAAGAUUCUGAAAUAAUUAUUGACGGAAUAAAAAUAUAUGGAACUCCUUGGCAGCCAGAGUUUUGCAAGUGGGCAUUCAACGUGCCUCGAGGGGAGCCAUGUCUGUCCAAGUGGACAUUGAUUCCAAGUGACACCGAUAUUCUGGUGACGCACACACCUCCCGUUGGCCACGGAGAUUUGUGUUGUAGCGGAGUUCGGGCUGGAUGUGUAGAAUUAUUAACCACAGUGCAAAAUCGGGUGCAACCAAAAUAUCACGUGUUCGGCCACGUGCACGAGGGGUAUGGUAUCUCUUCGGACGGUAAAAUAAUAUUCAUAAAUGCAUCGACCUGCGAUCUGAACUACUUGCCUAACAAUUUACCGAUAGUAUUUGACAUAACUUUACCUGCGGACAGGACGAAAUCAUAGGAUGUGGAGAAAUAAAUGAGAGAAUGCUGCCGGUGAAGAAGAAACUGAGGAAUUGCUGCGGUAAGGGGAAUGAACUGGAGGAGUACAACAUGUGUCGAGGUAGAUCCGGACACCCAUCUGUAAAAGUAACAUUUAACGUUAGAGCGACGAUCCUAUUAGCAGCAUUACCAUAAUUCUUUGAAAUAAAAUUAACUCCGGUAUAAUCGCCAUCGCACUCGUAUCUGUCAGUAAAGCAGGUACGAUAUAGCCAUCACAAUGCUUCACACGUUGCUUAAUUUUAGAGAGUUCUAAUUUAACUAUCUAUGAAUAAUUUAUUUUGUACAUUUUUUACCCUGACUAUCAUAUAGGAGUGAUUUAUUUAUUUAUUUUUAGCCUAACUAGUUAGAUAAUUAGAAACUAGGUACAUACCUGUACAAAGUAAAUCAUGGUCGAUAAAUUUUAUACCCCGAUAGGUACGUAAGUAGAAAUACUCGAAAUUGCUAAAAGAAUUGUGACAGGCAUUGAAAUGUAUCACUUUGCAGGUGUCAUGUUUGACUUUGAAAUUAGUAUAGGUAGCGUACUUGCAACUCGAAUGGUCUAAUAAUAGUGACGCAUUGUUAAGAAUGAGCCAAGAUUAAUUUAGUCCAUACCGUUUUUACCGUGCUCUUAUUAUACGUCUAUAGAAACAGGGUAUGGUAAAGUACUCGGCGACUCACCUGAGAUUAUACUCAUAUUUUUCACUCUACGUAAAAUUCAGAUUACAGGCAUCGCUUUGAUUUUUCAAAGUCGCACAACGACACACUCAUCCGUAAUUCAAAUAGAAUGUUAUCGAUUAGUUGAGAUUUUAGGGGAUUAAAAAAUUUCAUAGACUGCAGCGUUUUACUGAAAUUGUAUAUAUUCCGGAUAACACAUGGAAUAUUUGAUAAAUUUUGCGUCGACAAAUUGUGGUAGAAAUAAUGAUUUGAAAAAAAAAAAAAAAAAAAACCCCAACAAAUAAAAAACUAAAGUUGUACAUAAUCAGUUGCGUAAUAAUUUCGGAUAAACGACGUGAUCAGCCAUCAAAAUUUAAACAUCUUCGGAGGUAUUUAUACUACACAAAAACAAAAAAUGUGUAAUAAACGUAAUAUCAGAGAUGAA